AUGGAGGUGGCACCUUGUGCCCAGGAAGUUAGGAGACAUGCAGCAUUACUGUUGGCUUAUCUGAACCUCCAGAGAAAACAAGGUCAGUUUUGUGACCUUGUACUCAGACAGAGACAGAACCCAGGUCAACUUUAUCCUGCACACAGAUGUGUUCUGGCAGCCUCUAGUCCUGUGUUGGCAUCUGUCUUGUCCUCUGCUGGUGCUCUGGUGGAACUGCAGGCCCCGUGUCUCUCUGACUCUGUAUUAGCACCUCUUUUGGACUAUGUUUACACAGGGGAUUUGCCAUACACUUACAGCCAGCAACAGUAUUACAGUCUGCUCACAGCUGCCUGCUAUCUGCAGAUGGAUGAACUGCAGAAGGCUCUGAGGGCUCGACAGCAGACUGAGGUCUGCGCCAUGGACAGUGCAGAUGCUUCUGCUGAAGCUGAAAAGAAUACUUACAGGACAACUGUGAACACCUCCCCUGAUAUACCAUCAAUAUCCAGUAUUCUUACCUUCAGAGGACCUGAAGAAACAGACAACUACAGUGUGCAAAUGGACAAAGAGGUGGAAAAUGAUCAGUUUAAUCCAGCUGGCAUCUGGCAAAGGUACACAGACAACACUCUGGUCAGGGCAGCUGAAAAUAGGAAGAGCUCAUCCUCAUCCCCACAUCCAUAUUGUGGAGCAGUACCUGUCAUCUGUCACAGCAGCAGAGCACCUAUCCCCCAGCUGCAGGAUGAUAUCCACUUAUCACAUGGAGGUUCUCAUCACAAACACUCAAGCGUGAACUACUUUGAUGAUUCAGAUGACUCGAGUGAUGACGAGGCCUUUGGUGCCUUUGAGAGUCCCAUGAAGCAGCACUACAGCUCGACAGACACUACAGACCAGUUUCUCCUUCUGGAUAUCAGCACCAGACCUGCAGAACUUGUGUCAAACUCUGUGCAAGCAUCUAUGUCUGUUUGCAUGCCUUCUGCCCUUUCAAGCAGCAUGCCAACAGAUAGAUCAGCUCAUCUGUCAACUCCUGUUCACCACCCUUUCCAGUGUUCUCUAUGCGACCGUUCCUUUAGCCAGCGAGGUUCUCUGAAUAGACAUGUGCGGAGCCACCUUGGUGUACGGCCCUUCCCCUGCCCCCGCUGCCCUAUGACUUUUUCACGCCAGUACCGUGUCACAGAGCACAUGCGUGUCCAUCAGCGAUGUGCCCCUGGGAAUGACUUUCAGAAGCCCCCUGCCUCAUCAACUUGA